CCUUGAAAUACGAAUCACCAUGGCACCGCGCCACGCAGGUUUCAGCUUUUCUGUUAUAAUGCCGCCCGCCCUCACUGCGCCGCCCUUCGACCAUUACUUACUUGACGGUGUUGGCUGCUCCCAAUUCCCAGUCGAGUGCUUCUCGACCGAGCUGCGUUCCUUGUCCACUCUGCCCUCCCAGCCACGAUGGCGACCCCUCCGACGCAAUCAGAACCCUUCCCCUCCUACGUGCCCGAUGUAAAUGAUGUGCCUUUCAAAAGAGUGGGAGAUAGCACGAGGGACCCGAGCCGGAGACCCUCUAUCGUCUCUCGUCUCUCGAAAGCGCCCUCCUCUGUACGGUCUCGCACGCGAACGGGCUCCCUUACGCAGUCCUUCCUCGAGAGUAACCCUCCUCUGGGUAUGUGGCAGGCCACGGGUGAAAUUGGCUCCAAAAUCCCUACCCUGCCAGAGAUCAGGAAUGGCGCCUUUGCCGCGGAAGGUUGGACGCACGAGGGCCAGAUGGAACGUCGAGGGACGAAUCCGCAUGAAAUCCACGCCCGAAGGGUGGCCAGGACGAGUUCGGCCAGCACGAGGACGAGAAAGAGCUCGCUUUCAGCAAAUGCACCGCCGCCCAUUGCAGAAGAGAGACAUGAAUUCUUUCCCAAAAGGGCGCCCACCAUGGUGCAGGAACCACUGUUAGAAGAGGCAGUGGCUCCUCAACCAACGCAUGGCGAACCAGAACAAAUCGAGCAAGUCGAGGGCACGGAGAAGCACACCGAGACCGCGGAAACCCAAGAGAGAGACUCGUCAAUGACCCCCUCGAAAGCAACCAGCGAACCGCAAGCAGUCCGAAUCCAAAGCGGUCCAGACGAGACAGGCACAUAUCCCAAUGGCUACCGCUUCCCCAAGAAACACACCUGGACCCAGUCUACCAUGAUCGGUCUCCGCGCGUUUUGGAAGUUCUUCCUCACCCCUUUCGGCUUUAUUGUCACCAUCUACGGCCUCAACAUCGUUGGAUGGGGCGCCAUGAUCUUUUUCGUCCUCCUCAAGGCCGCUCCGGCCAUGUGUCACCCGUCUUGCGACGAUGACAGUAGCGCCCGAGAGAAGUGGAUUGAAAUCGAUUCGCAGAUUCUCAACGGCCUGUUCUGCGUGACCGCCUUCGGCCUGUUACCGUGGCGAGCACGAGACUGGUUUUACCUCAUGCGCUGGCGGAUGGGGGGUAACGAACGCUUCCACCGCCGUCUCGCAGGCAUAUAUCGGGGUUGGUACCGUCUCCCUGGGUCUGACAAGCUCGAGGAACAUAUCGGCCCUCCCCCCAUGUACAAUAAAGACCACCCACGAACUCCGGAAGCGCCUCCCCCCUACACAGAAGAAGAGAUUGCGAAGAUGGAGGAGAACCCUGCCAUCCCUAUCCCGGCAACGUCCAUGCCUGAGCCGCCCCUAACAGGUUUGCGCGCUCGUCCCUCCAAAUCUUGGACCAUCGAUUUCGUCGUGUGGAUGUACAUUCUCAACACCUUUUUCCAGGUCCUCCUUUGUGUUUGGAUGUGGCAUUGGAACCGGUUCACCCGACCUUCGUGGGGCACGGGUGUUUGGAUUACGUUUGGCUGUCUGGUCGCCAUUGCCGCUGGCUUGUGCGUCUUUAUCGAAGGGUCGAAGGUCAAGAAGAUUGAAGGCAUUCCGGUGCAAGAGUACGACGUUCUGGAAUCGAUUGAGGAUUUCCAGGAGAGAAAGGCCAAAGAAGAUUCGAAGCAAGCGAAGAAGAUGGCCCGGCACGAGCAUCACCGCCACUUCAGGCAUGGAGAGAGCCACAAGGUCGUGAGGUCGGAGAAGUUGAAGGGCCAUCAGUGGUUCACCCGGCAUUAGCAGCAGUUCGGAUGGGCUGGAUAAAAGACCGUGCACUUUGAGCGUUUCUGGUUCGUGGGCAUUGGAAAUUUUCGAUCCAGUCUGAAAGCGCUUUGGAAUCCCUGGAGGUCUCCGUUUGGGCAUAAUUGAAGGAAACGCGCUGGCCUUACAGGGUGUUCCACAGCAUUCGCCUAGCUGGGUUGCUCGUGUCGGUUCGCACGGAGUUGGGUGCAAGACUCUCUCGCUCUCGAAAAAGUCCAGGAGGAUCCUUCCUUAUACCCUGCGCGCACUGUAGGUAGAGCCUUGGACGUGUACGAGGUAAUCUAGCUAAUAAUCUAUCGUCGUCCUUGCGCAUAUCAUCUCUCCUGCCUUCC